AUGUGUCGAGCAACCUUUAAGCAUAUUCCGUUAGCGCGUCCAGCUGAGCAAAUAAGGCUUCUAAAACUUGAGCCUGGAGCGGAUGUCAUUCGACUCAACAUACAAACUUAUGAGCUUACGGAGUACCUAAGAUUUGUAGCACUAUCGUAUGAAUGGGGUCAUGGCUCAGAGAUACACGAUAUCAUCAUAGACGGGGAGGUCUUCAAGAUACGGCAGAAUCUGCGCGACGCCUUGGAACACAUACGAACCCUCCAGGCGGAUACAUCGAGCAGAAGGCUAUUCGAGGAAGACUCACCUUAUUUCUGGAUUGACGCCAUCGCAAUCGAUCAGUCGAACGAUACCGAAAAGCCUCAUCAGAUUUCCAUAAUGGGAAAGAUAUACCGUCAAGCAUCCCAUGUCAUAGCCUGGCUUGGCCUUGAACAGAAUGGCGAUGAUUCAGCCCUG